AUGUCGGGAGCUGGCUAUGAUGCUGUAGUGGACGUGGAUGACGAGGGCGACCUCGGCCAUACCGACCUCCAGGAGGAUCUCGAAUUCCAUAACUCGAACUUCGCAGAUACCACGCCGGGAAACCGGAAAGCUCCUUCGUCCGGGCUGCCACUGCCAGCAACGGCGUCUUCGUCAUCGGGAAAGCGGUUCCUGUGGUCGAUGUCGUUCUACGCGCAGUUCUUCGAUGUCGACACAUCUGCUGUCCUGACAAGGUGCUGGGCAGCGCUGUAUCCUCGAGCAAACUUCCUCGAUGUACUGGAAGGAAAUCCCGAUCUUUAUGGCCCCUUCUGGAUAGCGACAACUGUGGUGUUCAUUCUAUUCCUAGGCGGUACAAUCAGCUCGUACUUGGCAACCACAGGCGAGCCGUUUGUGUAUGAUUUCAGGCUAUUGAGCGGUGCGGCUGGUCUGAUCUACGGUUACACUCUCGUGAUUCCCGUCGCUUUAUAUCUCGCCCUUCGCUACUUCGGCAGCGAGUCCGCCAACCUCCUAGAGUGCUGGGCGCUGUACGGCUACUCGAACCUGAUCUGGAUACCGGUCGCCCUGAUCAGCUGGAGCCGCAUCGACAUCCUGAACUGGGUCUUUGUGGCAGUCGGACUCGGAUUGUCCGUGUCUUUCAUCCUCCGCAACCUGUACCCCGUGCUCAGCGCCACGGACAAGCAGACAAGCAAGAUCCUGCUGAUUGUCGUGGUUGCACUCCACGUUGGCCUGGCCAUUGCGAUCAAGAUUCUCUUCUUCGCGCACAAGAGUCCGGCAGUGAAGGAAUAA